UUGGGGUGUCCCACAAUGUUUUCGGGGUGUCCCACCCGCAGUGCCUUCGCCACGCUGGAGGAGGAGGCGUGCACGGAGCUGGUGCCGUACCUGAGCUUCAUCCUGGACACGCUGGUGUUCGCCUUCGGCAAGUACCAGCACAAGAACCUGCUCAUCCUCUACGACGCCAUCGGCACGCUGGCCGACUCCGUGGGCCACCACCUCAACCAGCCGGAGUACAUCCAGAAGCUGAUGCCGCCGCUGAUCCAGAAGUGGAACGAGCUCAAGGACGAGGACAAGGACCUGUUCCCUCUGCUGGAGUGCCUGUCCUCGGUGGCCACGGCCCUGCAGAGCGGCUUCCUGCCCUACUGCGAGCCCGUCUACCAGCGCUGCGUCACCCUGGUGCAGAAAACGCUGGCCCAGGCCAUGAUGUACAACCAGCACCCCGAGCAGUACGAGGCCCCCGACAAGGAUUUCAUGAUCGUGGCCCUGGACCUGCUCAGCGGCCUGGCCGAGGGGCUGGGUGGCCACGUGGAGCAGCUGGUGGCCCGCUCCAACAUCAUGACGCUGCUGUUCCAGUGCAUGCAGGACACGAUGCCCGAGGUGCGGCAGAGCUCCUUCGCGCUGCUGGGCGACCUCACCAAGGCCUGCUUCGUGCACGUCAAGCCCUGCAUCGCCGAGUUCAUGCCCAUCCUGGGCACCAACCUGAACCCCGAGUUCAUCUCGGUCUGCAACAACGCCACGUGGGCCAUCGGCGAGAUCUGCAUGCAGAUGGGGGCCGAGAUGCAACCCUACGUGCCGCUGGUGCUGCAGAACCUGGUGGAGAUCAUCAACAGACCCAACACCCCCAAAACGCUGCUGGAGAACACCGCCAUCACCAUCGGCCGCCUGGGCUUCGUGUGCCCGCAGGAGGUGGCGCCGAUGCUGCAGCAGUUCAUCCGGCCCUGGUGCACGUCGCUGCGGAACAUCCGCGAUAACGAGGAGAAGGACUCGGCCUUCCGCGGCAUCUGCGUCAUGAUCGGGGUCAACCCCGGCGGGGUCGUGCAGGACUUCAUCUUCUUCUGCGACGCCGUGGCCUCCUGGGUGAGCCCCAAGGACGACCUGCGGGACAUGUUCUACAAGAUCCUGCAGGGCUUCAAGGCGCAGGUGGGCGAGGAGAACUGGCAGCGCUUCGCCGAGCAGCUCCCGCCGCUGCUCAAGGAGCGCCUGGCCGCCUUCUACGGCGUCUAGGCCGCGCCCUCUGCGCCUGCGCGCCGCCGCCCGCGGGGGCGUGGCCGCGCCGAGCCCCGCCCCGUUGGGAGGGGCUCGCGUAAGCCCCGCCCCCCCGCGGGCAGCGCCGUUCUGUCCCCUCCCCCCCCCCGGAACCGGGAGGGACCCCCGGGAUGGGGGGAGGGGCUCCGGGGAGGAGCGCGACCCCUCCCCCACCCGCGGGGAAGGAAUUCUGGGGGGAUUUUGGGGAUUUUUUGGCGAUUUUGGGGGAUUUGGUGGGAAGGAGGGGGGGGUGCGGACCCCAGAUCGCUGCCGGGGGAGGGCGGAAAAACCGGGGGGGGGCCGGAGGAGGGUGGGGGAGGGGCCCGUUCCCGUUUGUGUCGCCCCCGCCCCGCCGCCCCUCCCCCACCCCCGCCGCCCCUCCCCCAUCGCGCGCCCGCCGGGAGCCCCGGGCGGGGCGGGGGGAGGGGCAGCCGUUGUGCUUCGUGGUGAGCGAGUCGGUGCCGCGUGUUUGGUUCGCCCGUUCCGUUCCGUGCCCGUUCCCGUGCCCGUUCCCGUUCGUUUUUUUACCGUUUCCAGGGCGGGGAUCGGGGAAGGGG